GAAUUGUAGCAGUAAUAGAUACAGGGAAAAGUAGUAUGCCUGGAGUCAUAGAACCGUUAGCAAGUGAAUAUGAUGUGUCACCUGAAAUUUUUAUAUAUAUCCCGCCAAACUUCACCUUCUCCGGCUCACCAGGCUACAAUAAUCUUCUCACUUGUUUUACCUUUUUGGUAAAAUUUGAGAUCUCAUCGGAAUUUUGCAUGCUUUCGCCGCCGAUAUGGAGAAUCAAGGGGAUACUGGUCAGUUACUAGCUAGGGCUUCUACUUUACCAAAUUUGCCUUCAAUUCCAUAUAAUUACCAGCGGAGGAGAAAACCAUUGACCAAAACUAAGUCCAGGCCUCCAAUGUUGAAUCAUCAAGGAUCCUUUAGUCGUGAAAUUGGACACGCUGCUGCUGAGACCUAUUUGAUUACUCGAUUAAGUUUCAACCUUAUUAGUUAUCUCGGGUUAGGUUAUCAAUGGAUUACAAGAUUUUUGGGUCUUGCAUUAUAUGCAAUGCUACUUAUGCCUGGUUUUAUUCAAGUUGCAUUUUAUUAUUUCUUUUCACCACUGGUCCGGCUAAGUGUUGUCUAUGGUGAUCAGCCGAGGAAUAGGUUGGACUUAUAUCUACCAGCAAAGAUAGACAGCCCAAAGCCAGUUGUGGUAUUUGUAACAGGUGGAGCAUGGAUUAUUGGAUACAAGGCCUGGGGUUCUCUGUUGGGAAAGCAAUUAUCAGAACAUGACAUUAUAGUGGCAUGCAUUGAUUACAGAAACUUUCCACAGGGAACAAUAGGAGAUAUGGUGGAAGAUGUGUCUCAAGGAAUCUCAUUUAUUUGCAGCAGCAUCGCUGAUCAUGGUGGUGACCCAAAUAGGAUUUAUCUCAUGGGUCAAUCUGCUGGUGCACAUAUCUCUUCUUGUGUUCUUGUGAAGCAGGCGAUCAAAGAAUCUAGAGGAGAAACUGUUUCUUGGAGCACCUCCCAAAUAAAAGCUUUUUUUGGUUUGUCAGGCGCGUAUAAUUUGCCCAAUUUAGUUGAUCAUUUCAAUAACAGAGGGUUAUAUCGCUCAAUUUUCUUGAGUAUAAUGGAAGGGGAGGAGUCAUUGCAAAAAUUCUCGCCUGAAAUUAUGGUACAGGAUCAGAUCUCUAAAGCUGCUGUUUAUUUGCUGCCUCACAUUAUCCUAUUUCACGGUUCUUCAGAUAGCUCCAUUCCAUCGGAUUCAAGCAAAGCAUUUGUAGAUACACUUCACAGAGUGGGAGUUCAAGCUGAAUCAAUUUUGUAUGAUGGAAGAACUCACCUGGAUUUAUUCCUUCAUGAUCCUCUAAGAGGUGGUGGUAAAGAUGACCUUUUUGACUAUAUAGUAUCAUAUAUACAUGCUAACGACAAAGAAGCUCUCGCUAAGGAUGCUAUGGCACCUCCUAGAAAGCGGCUUGCUCCAGAAAUCUUGAUAAAGUUAGCUCGCAGGAUCAGCCCUUUCUAAUUCUGCAGAAAAUUGUUUUAUCUUCCCAGUUCAUUCUAGGUUAUACAUGAUGGUGAAAAGAAGCUGUUGCUAAUCUUCAAUUAUUGUACCCUGGUAUCUGUUGAUAUCCAUCCCUCUUGUGUUCAUAAUAAUGUCUUAAUGUGACAUUGUAUAUAUUCAAAUUGCAUGACAUUGUACAAAUAAUCGAUCGACUCAUCUCUCAGUUUUAAAUUAUUUUGUGUUCACUUG